AUGUUUAAGUAUGCUGGCAAGAAGGUCAUAGCCAAGAGAGCUGCCGAGGAUGACGGAGCUGCUGAGGAUGAAGCUCGACGCCCCCUUGCGAGCCCUUUCUCUACCCCGAAACAAGAAGCCUUGGCCAGCAGCAGCUCCUCUAACCCAGCAUAUGUGAACCAACAAAUGCCUCCAACUGUUCAGCAGCAUCUGAGCCAGCUCUCUGCUGCCUUUCAUCAACCGAGCCCUCACACCAGUCCUAUGGUGCGUUUACAGCCACCGGUUACUCAGCAAUUUUCAUCCGGGACACAACCAGCCUACCACACAUACCCCGUUGGGAACUUUGAGGCUAGAUCAUCCGUCAGCUUCCGCCAAGAUCAAAUGUGUACUCCUGAAAGUGGAGUAGCCGGCAACAUACCUCCGGCCAAUAUGAAUACCAUGGCUAGUCCGAUAUACUCUAAUAUCCUUUCUCCCCCGAGGUCGCCUUGGGAUCAGACAUAUCCUAAUGUCAACCAAGCUUCACCAUAUCCCCCAAGAACUCCGAGCAUGCCAUCUGCAGUGCUUCAGUUUCCAUCGCCGUCAGUUUCUGGCGAAGUUACUCAUGCAUGUCAACCGAAGUCACGCAAGCCCUCUCGGAAAAGAUCUGCUGACACCUCCGACCGUCCAGAAAGCCCCUUGAAGAAGAUGCGCCAUUGA